UCAGCCUCGCUACAGUGUAGCCUCGCCUUCGUUGACGUCACGGGCGCGCUAUUCAGCGAAAAAGACUACGCCUGCGCACCAGACUGAUCGGCUAUAGAAAGCGCGUCGAGUCAUCGCGAGGCAGGGAAACCAGGAAACAGCGCUAGAGCCACGCGACGAGAAGAAACCGACUGUCUGGCCACCGGAGCGCCGGCCGAGUUCGCUCAAUCCAACUGCGACCGCUCACGAUGAGUUCCAGGGGCUCAGCCAAGAGCCGCAGCAAGCGGCCGUACUCGGUGCACCACCGUGUGCAUUUCAAGAGGCAGCCGUUCUACGAAGUCCUGGCCGUGCUCAUCCAACCAACGCGCCUCAAGACCGAUGCGAACACCAACGCGCACAAGUGCCUGCCGUUCCAGUUCCUGCCGCAUCAUGUGAAUGAUAUUUGCAAGUCGUUGACGCGUAACACGGCAACAUCGACGACUGAAUUCGGGGUACAAGUGCACCUUCGGUUCUGUUUGUACGACAGGCACGAACAGGAUGACAGCUACCCUUACGAUUUGCGCUUGAAGGUCAACAAUAAGCCGUUGGCACUGCCAGAGUCGAUUCCCGUCCAUUCCUCCGGCGGGGUGACCGGACGAAUACGCCUGCCUAUCAACAUCCUCCCUUCCUGUUUUCUGGAGUCUUCGGUGAAAAACAAGGUUUCGGUGUACUGGCGGCCCGAACUCGACCGUGAGUACGUCGCCGGCGUGUACCUGGUUCGGAAGCAGUCGGUAGCGACGAUUCUUCGCGAGCUGCGGCAGAGAAGGAUGCAGAGUGCAACCCUGACGAGAGCGUUGGUCAAGAAGAAGGUGCAGCGCAAGGCAAAUUGCAACGAUGUCGCGGUAACGAGUCUUCAGAUUUCACUCACGUGCCCCCUGAGCAAGAAGCGAAUGAGCGUUCCGUGUCGCGCAGAAGAAUGCAAGCACCUGCAGUGCUUCGACGCGCCCACCUACCUGCAGGUCAACGAGACACGGCCCACGUGGACGUGUCCCGUGUGUGGCAAGCGAGCCGCCUUCUCGUCGUUGGUCGUCGACCAGCUGUUCGUUCGAAUCGUAGAGGAGGCGCCCGGCGACUGCAACAGCGUUGUUUUCCGCGAGGACGGGUCCUGGACUCCGUUGGCACCGCAGGAGGUUUGUGACCGCGGCGACAACGCCUCCACUUCCGCAAUACCGUCCUCGUCGACUGCUCGGUGUUCAAAACGACAUUCGGCGUCCGUGUCUAGCGACCAGGUUGGGCGGGCCAACAAGCGGCCUAAGGUGAAGGUUGUUGACCUUACCGUGGAGGUUAUCGACCUCACCGAGCACAGCAACGCUGACCAGGCGGACGGUGGCGUGUGUCUUCGUCCAGAACAUGCAAGUACUGGGAGGGGACCUAGUGAGACGCUCAGUACUAUUUCACCCCCUCUACCCCCACCUCGCGUCAUCUGUGAGACGCCCAGUACUAGUUCACCCCCUCUACCCCCACCUCGCACCAUCUAUGAUGACUUUUCAGCACCGGACUUUGGGGAAGUCACAAGCAGUGCCGCACGCAAGUUUGAUCUGCGCAGAAUCAUAUUGUGAAGGACAUAGCAUAGGCUCCCCAGCGGCCUUCUGCCAUGGUAAUGUGGAUGUAGCGUGUUAUUCUUACUCGUUCCAUUGGCGUUGUUUCGAGGUGCUGCACAAACAUUGUGUGCCCCUUCAGAACGUUUACGGCUGCAACAACUACCUAAAUUGUCUCUGCAUUGAAAGUGACCAUUCAUGUUAACCCAUUCUCGUGUGCGGUAUAUAUUUUUAAUGUAAAUGGUGCAUCUCGUUUGCCGUUUGAAGCACGGUCCCCUUCUUUGUAUAUUUUUUUUCCUAGUUUCCACGGCUAUGGAAGUCGUCUUUUGUGCCGAUGAAAUCCAACUGAGAUAGCAAACUGAAUCCGGAUUAUCCAUGAGCUCGUUCUAGUGUCGUGCAGA